AUGAACGGACGAUCCGUAGCUUUGCAGUUGCUUGAUGUUUCGAAACACAUGGUUGAUCAGGACGAAGCGCUCGUCUGGUCGCGUAAUUGGGCACAGCAAGGGCUCCUUGCCAUUGACAAUGGGUCCAAGGUGCUUGCCGCUUGGCUCGCAUUCAUUUCUUCAGGAAACCUGGCUGGCCAUCAGUCGAUCAACCGUCGCGUUCGCGAAUUCGUUGCUUACCCCGUCGCUAUCCAGCCUAGCACCCAGCAUCCCGGCACACUUGUCCAGCCCUGGUAA